UACACAAAAAUAGACGGGAUUAAUAUAAACACGGCUGUAUAAAUAAGUGAAAAGUUUAGAUUUAUGUUUAAUUAUAUGUUCAUAGAAGACAAAUCUUAAUACUAGAAACUUGAUAGUGACUAAUUUAAUUAGUAGGUAGAAGAAAUGAAGAAUUACUAAAUGAUUAUAAAAACAACAAAGAUUUAGAUCAAUAAAGUGAAAUUAAUGUAAAGAAUAAUAGCAAAACAAACAAAAAUGGAGUUUAUAACGGUGCCAGCAAAACACUAUUCAGUCUUCCUUUUAAUUACUUUAGUGGUAGUGACCAAUGCCGGAGUACCACGUUCCAGUUAUGAGGCCUUACUAAAACAACAAUCCGAAGAAUUGGGUCUUUACAAUUCCACCGAUAAAGUUAGAAUAUUAACCCAUGUUAAUUUUAAAAACGAAGUGUUGGACAGAAAUCAUUCCAUAUUGGUCGAAUUCUACAAUAGCUAUUGCGGUCAUUGUCGCAAGUUUGCUCCGGCAUACAAGAAAUUGGCAGAAAAUCUCUACGAUUGGCGUGAUGUUUUACCCAUAAGUGCAAUUGAUUGUGCGGUCGAUGACAACAAUGGCAUAUGUCGGGAGUAUGAGAUAAUGGCAUAUCCCACUUUAAGGUAUUUUGGUCCAGCUUAUCAACCUGUAGCUGAUAAUUAUGGUAAACCAAUAACAUCACAAGACUUGGGCGUUAUAACUAACAAUUUGGCCCAGUUUAUAGCAGCUGAGAAUAAAACAAGUAAUAUGUCUUCAUGGCCGGAUUUACAAGCUGUACAAACAGCUAGUGCCUCUUCACUAUUCGAUGGUUUGGAUAGCUUGAAAAAAUAUGUAGUUUUAGUAUACGAACCAGAAAAUUCUACAGUGGGCAUUGAAACUAUCUUACACUUUUUACGAUAUCCCAACAUAGCUGUGAAAAAAAUUACAGAUCUUGAGUUGGCAGGCAAAUAUCAAAUAGAUGGCACUAGAUAUAAAAUCGCCACCAUUAGUAGACAGGGUUCAGUAGUACCCUAUGCUCCGCUGCAUGAACUUUCCGAUUCCUAUAAAGAAACCAUUAAAUCUUUCUUAUCAUCUCAACAUAUAACCGAAAAACCCGAAACGAAACCAGAAGGCACCACCACCAAAAUUCAGCAAGGCAUUCCAGAACAUAAUAGUAAACAAAUGGAAAUUAUAGAGGAAGUUAAACGCAAUAAACACCUCGUCUAUCAGGCUGAUUUGGAAAUGGCUAUACGCAAUACUCUACACAACGAAAUACCCAAAUCGUCGAAUAUUAAUGGUGAAAAACUGUUGGCUCUACAACGUUUUCUGGCCGUUUUAGAGCGUUAUAAUCCAUUGGGUGCACCAGGACGAUCGCUAGUGUCACAGCUAGCCGCAUUUGUUUCGCGACACAAUCAAGAAUUGUCUGGUGCAGAGUUUGAAGAGGAGCUGAAGAGAUUGGAAAAGCAAUUGGCUCCCAUCUAUACGUCAAAACAGUUUGUCGGUUGCGCUGGAUCACAGACCGGAUUACGUGGCUUCUCUUGCUCGCUGUGGCAGCUAUUUCAUUUUAUGUCUGUACAGGCGGCAAAUAUGGACAAGAGUCAAGAUCCCUUGGAGGUGCUGCAGGCAAUGCAUGGUUAUAUUAAAUAUUUCUUUGGCUGCACUGAAUGCUCGGAACAUUUUCAGGCAAUGGCUACAAGACGUAAAAUCUGGAGUACUCCCAGCAAAGAAGAAGCGAUACUAUGGCUGUGGGCUGCCCAUAAUGAAGUUAACCAGCGAUUGGCUGGUGAUGCCACAGAAGAUCCUAAAUUCCCUAAAAUACAAUUUCCUUCGGUUAGCAGUUGUCCCCAAUGUUACAAGCAGCCAGAAUCACAUUCAACCGCCAAUUUGGAAGAUAAAUGGGAUAAAACACAUGUCUUGCAAUUUUUGAAAAAUAUCCAUAACCCAGAAUAUGUAUCACGGUAUGGCCUGGAUAACGAAGAGCUGCUGCAACCAACUUUAGAGAAAUUAAGACAAAAGCGUAUGAUUAGUAAUGUAUUCUCUGAUAUGGAUAUGCGCAUGGGUAUGCUGCUCUAUGGUUUUUGUAUUGUCAUGUUGGUGGUGGCAUUUAAACUAUUUGCUUUCAAAGGGAGCUAUCGCAAGAAGCCCUAUGGUCAUGACAUGUUGGGUAAAGUGUAAUAUUAGUUAAGUGUUAUUAUAAUGCUUCCAGGUUUAAAUUAAAACUUUAACAAAAAAAAGACAAGAAUUUUUGGCAAACAAAAUUCAAUCUCUAACAUUAUUAACACUUUUCUUAUUCCAAUUCUUUUUGUACUACUGUAUAUAAUUAUUUCCGUAAUAUUUUUGUAAGAAUACGUAAAGUAAGUUUAAAUGUAUUUUAACGUACAUACACAUAGCAUAAUAUAUAAUUUAAUAAAUUUCGUUACAGUUUUGUUUUUAUCUUGAAAUUGUUUAGAAAAUAAUUUUUUAUUAAGCCGUAUUAAAUUUCUCUUUUUAUGCAAAUUAUUAUAACAGCUUGACUUGUUCAUACACAAAGACAUAUAAUAAACACCUGUUUAUUUACCCUAUUUUAGGUGCAUAAGAAUAGAUGUAUGGUUUUUAUAAAGAUAUUUUUAGAUCAAAUAACAGGUCUUUCAAUUAUAAAUAGGAAGUACAUAUUUUAAGAGACAUUUAAUUUCGGCUUAUUAAUGUUCUUUUCAUUUAUAUAAAUUUUGUGCGUUAAGUCUUUAUGUAAAUUUUAACCGGUUUUUUUUAAUAAAUCAUUUUAGAUUAGACAUUUUUGCAAUGUCUAAUUUUAACUAA